AUGAAGUUCUUGUGGGCCGUGCUGUUCACCACGCUCUGCGUUGCCGCCUCCCUGGUGCACUGCAUCUACACCAAGCUGAAGAAGGCUCGUCGUCGGAGCCAGGAUGCACGUCCGAAUGGCCUCUACAUCAUUUCCAACCCAGAGAACGCCAAGUUUGUGAUCGUCGCCGUUCACGGCCUCGGCACACACCCCGAACGAACAUGGGAAGCGUUGCCCCCUCGAUCUAAAGAUUCUGCCGCAAAGACACAACCUGUACACCUGUUGAGGCAUUUCUUGAAGGAGGAUUUCCCUGAAGCGAGGAUUCUAUUGCACGCACACAAUUCUGACUGGAUGAUCAACGCACCCAUCAAGACCGCGCGACAAAUUGGCGAGCAGCUGAUUGCCGAGCUUACGGAACAUCUUUCAAAGCAUUUGUGCUUGCCCAUUGUGUUCAUCGGCCACAGCUUCGGAGGUAUCAUCAUCAAAGAGGCCCUGUGCGCACACGGGGAGAGGUCAUCCGAAAUAAUUGACAACACCCAUGCCAUUAUGUUUCUUGGAACUCCCCACCUAGGAUCGUCGCUAUCAGUCAUCGGUGCCACCGUUACGGCUAUGACCAGCGUGCUGGGUUCCAGCAACACCCUUCUCCUCAUGCUGGGGCAUAGAAACGGUCAACUUUUGGAUCUGGAGAGACGAUUCAACAGCUUGAUCAAACUGAAAGAUGCCCGGCGGGGCAAAACCGAGCUGCUGGCUUUGUGCGAGGCCAAGCCUUUGACACUUGGCUGGCUCUCCUUUGGGUUGAGCCAGCUGUUCGUCAAAGAAAAGCUCCCCUGCGUACCAGGGGCCGCAUUCGACGAUGCGGAGAACGGAGCUGACGCGUGCCUUGCUGGCACGCGCAUUGAACUUCUUGGCGAUAUCAGAGAAUGGCUGCGCGAUCCCGAACGUGAACCCCUUUGCUGGUUACACGGCAAGGCUGGCACCGGUAAAUCAACAAUUGCCCAGUCUGUCGCUCGGGAACGGGCUGCAGCGGGGCUUCUAGCUGCCAGUUUCUUCUUCAAAAGGGGCGAGGGUGAUCGCGGCAAUGCCCGCCUCUUCUUUCCGGCCAUCGCCGCCCAGCUCGUGAGCAGCUUUCCUGCGGCUGCUGCUCAGAUGCGACAUACCAUUGAAGCGAAUCCCGAUAUCGCGAGUAAGCCACUGGGAGAACAGUUCAGAUUGCUCGUCCUCAAGCCUUUGGAAAACGUCGCCGUCGCAUCUCCAAUGACUGUUGUUAUUGACGCUCUGGAUGAGUGCGAUGGAGAGAACGAUAUCAAAGACCUCAUCACCCAGCUCUCACAUAUCAAGAAAAUCACGUCAAUCCCUCUGAACUUCUUCAUCACAAGCAGGAACGAACCGCCAAUUCGAGAAGGCUUUAAGAGCAUCCAGUCAAUAGUUGAUGAGCUUAAACUGGAAGAGGUCUCUGAUCCCUCUGUUGAGCAGGAUAUCGAACGCUUCUUGCUUGUACGGUUAGAAGCCAUUCGGAGUCUUGCACAAUUGCCUCCUGGUUGGCCACAGGGCGAGGACUUCAAUCUCCUGCUCAAAAUGUCUGUCCCGUUGUUCAUAUAUGCAGCGACUGCCUGUCGCUUCAUCGAAGAUAAACGCAUCCCGGGCGGACCUCAAGGCCGACUGAGACGCUGGACGGAGCAUAUAGGAGGGUCGAGACUACAUUUUACCUACCGACCUAUUCUGACACAGCUAAUCGACGGCCUCGACGAACCUGAAAAAGAAGCCAUCAUCAAACGAUUUCACGAGAUUGUCGGCACUAUUAUCGUGUCUCACAAAUACAUGAACUUCAAGAACGAACCACAUAUCGUCAGAAACACAUUUCAGGCUCGGCGUCCAAAAUGGAUUAGCGAGGUGCGCCACAUCGAUACAUCCUGGAACAGGCAACUCCGAUCAUUCCAUGGUGGGUUAGCUGCCUCAGCCACGUUUACCGCGGACAACCACCUGGCCAUUGGCGAACUUGAUGGUACAAUCACGGUGGUGGACCCCGACACAUAUCAAUGUCUUCAGGUCCUUGAAGGGCACCGAGACAUCGUCUGGCAGUGUGCCUUGGCGCCCAAUGGAAACCUCAUCACCUGUUCCUCGGACACGACCAUCAAGGUCUGGGACCUCCCCAGCGGAAUGUGUCUGAAAACACUCUUAGGCCACAAAGAUGCUGUCAAAUCGAUUGCUAUCGCCGCAAACGAUCUCGUAGCUUCCAGGUCUCAAGAUGGAUCUGUCAAAGUGUGGGACACAACGACUGAGGAAUGCUUGUGGACGUGUCCUAUCAUUGCUGACGAUCGUGACAUUGCUUUCGCCUCAGACAAUGGAAAGAUUCGACUAGCUAUAUUUGACACUGAGAGUCACAUCAGGAGGCACUCGUAA